UCUCUCUGCCUCUCUCACAAGCAGCCCUGGACAGUUUUCCCUUUCACUUUCAGUUUGGACUUGUUCAAGACACCUUCUCGUGGCUUCCAAUAGGAUUUGGACCUCCUUCUCCUUCUCUCCGGAGGCUCGGGGAAGACUCGGCAAGUGGUGCCCAGGUCACGGUGCACCAUCAAGACAUGAACACCAUGUAAACAUUGGAAGGUCCGACAGAAACGAAGAAAAAGAAGGGAAAAAAAGGGAGGAAACUAUUUGUUAUUUUUAGAUUUAGACACAAGAUGAUCCCGCCAACCAACACCCAGGAGGAAAGUGGGGGGAAAGAGGAGGAGCGGGACCAGAAUGAGACCCCCAAAUCUCCAAGCAACACCGUCAACCAGGAGACCAAGAAUACUGUGAGGCCCGAACACCCCAAACGGAAGCUGCAGAAACUCAAGCGCUCCUUGUCCUUCAAGACCAAGAGCAUCCGCAGCAAGAGCGCCGACAACUUCUUCCGCAGCAGCGGCGACAACAAGACCGAGCUGCUCUCUGACGUGAGCAGCAGCACGGGCCACCUCUACAACAUUGGGAUGGCGCCGCCGCACACCACCAGUCUACCCAUCCCUCCUGUCCCUCCGGCCAUCCCCUGCGCUCCCCCUCCCACGUCACGCUCCCAGACGCGCAACCCUCUGCAGGUGGAUUCGGCCGGACACUGCUUCAUGGAGCACAUCUUCAAGAAGCCCACCUUCUGUGAUGUCUGCAACCACAUGAUCGUAGGUACCACAGCCAAGCACGUCGUGUUCCUGGCGGGCAACACGGCGAAACACGGCCUACGUUGCAAAGCCUGCAAGAUGAGCCUCCAUCAUAAAUGUGAAAAUGGCGUGGGUCAGCAGCGCUGCAUGGGCAAACUGCCAAAAGGGUUUCGGCGAUACUACAGCUCCCCGUUACUGAUCCAGGAACAGUACGGCUGCAUCAAAGAAGUCAUGCCCAUUGCUUGUGGCAAUAAGGUAGACCCCGUCUACGAGGCCCUGAGGUUUGGGACGUCUUUGGCUCAAAAGGCCAAGAGGGCCAGUGGCUCGGAAUCUCCCCAAGGAAACUCGACCAGUGACUUGGAUAAUGUUCCAGAGGAAGCGGUGGCUCACAGCAGCAGGCAGGAACUGUCGAGAAAGCCCAGUGAUGAUGUUUUCACGGUAAUCGAGAAUGGGGCGGAUGAUUACCAUCAACCACAGAGAACGGCCCACGUCUGUGAGCUGGAGGAGAGCCAGUUCAACAAAGAUGCACUCACGCUCAACACCUACGUGGCCUUGUACAGUUUUGUUCCUCAAGAAAACCAUGACCUGGAAAUGAGGGCGGGAGACAGAAUAUUGCUCGCUGACGACUCCAAUGAUGAUUGGUGGAAGGGAAUAAUUGAGGACAGGAUUGGCUUCUUCCCGGCGUCCUACGCUCAUCCGCUGAGGGCAGAAGACCAGGUUUUUAGGUGUAACAGGACGUUUAUCGGCUGCAAGGAGCAAGGCCAGGUCACGCUGAAGGAGGGACAGAUUUGUGUGAGCAGUGAGGGGGACAACAACGGCUUCAUCAUGGUGGAGAGCGGAAAGAAGCGAGGCUUUGUGCCAUGCGACGUUCUUGACAUUAUCUAAGCGCAAAAAAAACAACAAACCCCAACAUAGCAAGAAGGUAGAACAUUUUGCCAUGGAGAUGAGACAAGACAGAACUGACUGCAUCAGAAAGUCCACAGGAGUGCACGUCCUGCGAAAAACAAGUGCUGCUCUUUGUUAGCUACCAAGGAUCACUGGAUUUAAAUCAUAGAGCUGACUGCUUUUUUGAGCACGCUUGGACCUAUUUCUUACAUUCUAUUCCAAGGUUUUAGUACAUUAUGAAUGCAAGGUCAGCAGCUUGAGUACUGCUAAUACAAAAAACUAUUGAGUCUUUCACGCAGGGCGAGUCUUCAGAGAAUCGCAAAGAGCGCGUUUCAUGGUCAUUUAUGA